AUGGCUGACGCUGGUGGUCGCGGACGCGGUGGAUUUGGCAGGGGUCGCGGCGGUGACAGGGGCCGUGGACGUGGCCGUGGCCGUGGGCGCGGUCGCAAGGACGAGGAGAAGGAGUGGGUCCCGGUCACGAAGCUCGGCCGCUUGGUGAAGGACGGCAAGAUCAAGUCUAUGGAGGAGAUCUACCUGUUCUCGCUGCCGGUGAAGGAGUACCAGAUUGUGGACUUUUUCCUGCCCGGCCUGAAGGACGAGGUGAUGAAGAUCAUGCCCGUCCAGAAGCAGACACGUGCUGGCCAGCGCACCCGCUUCAAGGCCUUCGUCGCCAUCGGUGACUUUGACGGCCACGUCGGUCUCGGCGUCAAGUGCGCGAAGGAAGUCGCAACGGCCAUUCGUGGCGCCAUCAUCCUCGCCAAGCUCUCCGUCAUCCCCGUUCGCCGUGGUUACUGGGGCGCCGCUCUCGGUGCACCCCACACUGUGCCCUCGAAGGUCUCCGGAAAGGUCGGCUCGGUCAUGUGCCGUCUCAUCCCCGCACCCCGUGGUACCGGUAUUGUCGCCGCACCCGCAUCCAAGCGCCUGCUCCAGCUUGCCGGUGUCACAGACGUCUACACCCAGUCGAAGGGUUCGACCGCGACGAUGGGUAACUUCUUGAAGGCAACCUUCGCUGCCAUCACGAAGACCUACGCCUUCCUCACCCCCGACCUCUGGCGCGAGAUUCCGGUGUCAAAAUUCCCCUACGACGAGCACUCCGCUCACCUGCAGCUCGCCGCCAAGAAGGCGUACUAG